GCACCAGCAGCAGUGUGGCAGCUGGCAUCCUGUUUUACUUCAGCUCGCAUUGAGUGAGGCAGUAAAGUUCUAUUAUCUUGCUGCAGCGGUGUUGUGGUUUGUGUUGCAGUGUUUGGAACCAGUGCGAAAUUAUUUCCCGUUUUAGGCGUACGGUGGGCGGUAAUUGUUGAGCAAGGUAUGCUUUCGUAAUAAUCAACCGGACGAUAGUGAUCUUAUGCAGUGAUAAUCCUGAAAAAAAUUGGUUUAUGUAUGCGAAUGAAAAGUUGAAAGAGUCACAUUCUGCAAUGUUUACCAAAGUGAAAUAACUGUAUGCGGAGAUUAGCAAGUGCUAUAAAUUGAUUGAAAGUUUGGCAGUGGUGUUUGUUAGCAAUUAAAAAGUAGUAAAACGACCCCCAAGUUGACAGUUCUAACGCAAGUAACCCGGUACGGAUUAGCGUGCUGUGUGUCAACAGCCUGAAGUCAUAAAGAAUAAACGAUCAUUAGAGUGAGGUGCUUCUUCCACCUGUCUUCUUCGUCAGCUGGAUAUAAAUAAACACGCUAAGGUACGUCGUCACUGUUCUGCAGCUAGGCAAGGUUCUACUCCUCGGCAGUCUGAACCGGGCCACUAGGAGUUGAUUGUUCCGCUCGCGUGGUGGAAAGGAAAGAUGGCGCUCGAUGCAAAAGCAAUCAAGGAGGAAAUCCCCGACAAGGAUACGUAUGAAUCAAGCGCCCGUAAAGUCAAAGGUAAGGAACAAUGUCGAACGCCCGAUUCACCGGAAGGCGCCCGCGUGGUGACGCCACGUUCACCGAUUUCACCCCAGGUGUCACAGCAUCACAGCUCGCUGGUACCCCAACCGAGAUCUGGCGGCACCGGUACCGGAGCAUCAUCACAAGUCGUCACCGGUCGCAACGGGAGCUCUUCACCGCCGGGGGAAACUCCGGCGACGCGAAUUCUCAACGGAAGCGGUUCGGGUAAUGGCGGUGGAGGAGGCGGCGGCGGCGGCGGCGGUGGUGGUGGUGGCGGUGGUAGCUUAGGAUCAAUCACACCCCCACCGGCUAUCACUCCUGCUUCAGCAGCGGUUGCAGCAGCCGCCGCAGCGGCACAGCAGGACUCGGCAAAGCUGAUAAAGAUUCGACGCUUCCUUGGUGCGCUGGUGCAGUUCGGACAGGAUACCAAUGUGGAUAUAGGCGACCGGGUGCGCUCGCUGGUGCUGUCGCUGGCGAGUGGCGGUCUCACGGUAGAUGAGUUUCAAAUAGCCGUCCAGGAGGCAACAAACUUCCCACUUCGAUCGAACGUGGUUCCCUUCCUCAAGUCACACGUUCCUGUUUUGCAGCGGGAAAUCAAUAUCCUGUCGAGAACUAGCAAACAGACUCCCUCCCAAUACGUCCGAUCGAACGAGACCAGUGUGAUGGAAUACGUUCAGAACCUAGCCGACACCGCCGACAUCUUCCUAUCGCACGAAGGAUUUGGCUCCUCGACACCGAUCCCAGCGCCCGCUAUCAACGGACUCAGUCUGAAACGGCGAGCCUCCGAUAACUUAUACGAUACUCAUCCUGCGGGACCACCCGAAUGGGGCGACUAUAUACUGCCGCCAUCGAAACGUCCACAUCCGUCGCUUCUGCUGGCAUCCGGCACGCCGCAGCUCUAUCCCACGCAUCCGGCACUGUUCGAGUACCAGAACGGAGCGCUGCAUCCACAUUCCGACGGACUGCAUUCCAUUCACCGAGACGAUCGGGAUUUGCGGGGGCCAUCCAGCGAAGCUCACCGACCAACAAGGAUUCCACCGGGUGGUGGCAGUGGUGGUGGCGGCGCUGUCGGUAACAGCAGUGGUGGCAGCGGCAGCAGCAUCGGAGCCAGUGCAUCGGCUAACAGUAUCAGCGCUGGAAAUGCCGUCAGCGGUAUGAACGCUGUCCCAGCGGGCGCUAGUGGAGAGGAAGAAUGGAAAAAUAUUCACACCAUGCUAACGUGCAUUUCGGCGAUGGUCGAAAAGACCAAACGCGCCAUCUCGAUUCUGCAGCAGCGGGGCAUCGAAACGCACGCCCGUGACCAUCAGGAUAAUUCGAUAGCGGACAUGAAGCGCCAAACGGAAGACAAAAUUGCCGAGUUCCGACGAAGUGCGGAGGAGUCGGUUAAUCAGGUUAAACGUCAAGCAGUGAUUGAAAUCCAGCGAGCGGUGGCAGCAGCGGAAGCACGAACCAUUGAAAUGUUCGCCCAGGAAAGGUUAAAAAUGGAGAAAAUGCUCAGCGACAUUCACCGCGGUACCGCAGAUUCGGACCCGGACGGAUCAACCGGGGGAAGCCAGAACGUUAGUACUCUUGCUUGUUGGAACUGCGGUCGGAAGGCAAACGAAACCUGUUCCGGGUGCAACCUGGCCCGGUAUUGCGGCUCAUUCUGCCAACACAAGGACUGGGAUCAGCAUCAUCAGGUCUGCGGCACAUCCCGAGCGGAAAAUGCCUUCCAGAAGCACGCGGCAAGCGCAAGAGCUGCAUUGUCCUCCCGUUCCACGACGCCACAGCAGUCUCAGAGUAGCAAUAGCACAGCAAAUGGAACGACAACCGCCGCAAAAUGACGGACUAAACCAUUGAAACCGAAGAAGAAGUAUCUAUGCUAGUCAAAUCGUUCAGUACCACAGACACAUACACAUACGCAUGCUCACACACAUACACACACAAACACAGAGAUGUUCCUCUAUCAUACCAGGAUAGUCGAAAUCGAACCAUUUCUUACUUUAAGGUAGACUCUACACUUACAUCCUAAUAGUAAUAUUAAGUUGUGUACAACCAUUAGCCUAGAUUCGAACUAGCAACGCAGCAGGUUUGAUCAGUUCUAGGACUUUCGAGUGGAGAAAAGAAUGAAACAUGACCAGUUUUGAACUACCGAGCCUCGUUUUCGACGGUGAAUAGAUAUAGACUUUCAAAACAGUGCAAUAGCAAUUUUAGAUGUAGAAAAACCGCCAACCGAUCGAUUGAACCUAGUUGAGAGCUAGUAAUUUUACUUAACGUACCUAGAUGUAAAGUUGAACUGCGCAAAAAAUGCUUUUUCUCUAGAAAGUUUGUCAAUUCACUCCUAGAGCACUGUGCUAAGAAAUACCAGUCAGUAAGAAGCUGAUUGAGGGGGAAUGUGGUCCUCCCAGUAUUGCGUUUUUUAGACAUCUCCAACCAACCGGCAUUUAUGAAGCACGUGUUUUCAACCAUACUGCGCCGAAUCCUGUUCGCGUCUCUCCGUUUACCACCGAAAACACGUGCUAGCUCUCUCUUGUUUUUGAGUAGAUUCACAUAAUUACUACAAUAGCCAAGUUGACGGUCAGUCAGUUAGUCAGUAGUUGUAAUAAAUCAGCACACAUACACAAAGUUUCCUUUUAUCACAAUAGUAGUAGAUACGUAGUUACUUUAAGACUAUGCACUUUAUGGGUACCAAAAAACCGAGUUGAACCUUACAAAGAACACACACUUUCGAGGCUAUUAAACCCUUAGACAGCGUCUCCAAAGAUUGAUCGGUGGUCUGUUUGUGUAACUUUAAGCUUUCGACUAUAAAUGGUACGUAACACAAAGAUCUACUCACCAGUUCACCCCUCUUAGUAAGGCGUCAAUGUAUGACCUACCUAGUAGUUACUAUCGCAAGUUGUUAUCUAAUUUAUUGCCCACUUAGUUGAUAUUGAUCUGAAAGCACAUCCUGCGCAUGAUUUAAUCACACGCAAACGUGCGGUUGCAUUACCGUAGCAUCCAAAGUAAGUAUUCGAAUUGUGUAGAGCAGUUGGUUAGAAUCUCUAGCGAAAGAGUCCGUAGAACAAAUAUAGUCGCUCUACCCCACAACCGGGACAGUACCGAAGCCACUAUCGGUGAAUUAACUGUAAAUAAAAAUCGAAUCUACACUCCCACCCAAUCGGGAUCGGGAUUAACAUGAAACCUAACCCAUUAUUAUGUAGCAAGCACACAUUCUCACUCACCCCUGCAAACUGCGUCCCGAUUUGAGCUACUUAUAAAAUUGAUUCACUCUUGCAACAACCGAAACCGGAAAGCAGAAAUAAAGUCUCAUUUGU